UCGAAAGCGGCCGCCAUGGGAGCAGAGCCAGAGCUCGUCGACCCCGCCGUCGUCCUCGUGCCGUUCCCGGCGCAGGGCCACGUCACGCCGAUGCUCCAGCUGGCGCGCGCGCUCGUCGCGCGGGGCGUCACGGCCACCGUCGCCGUGCCAGACUUCGUCCACCGCCGCAUGGGUAGCGUCGACGUCGUCGGCGGCGUCGCGCUCGCGUCGAUCCCAAGCGGCAUCCCGGACGACGACGAAGAGCCACCGGGAUUCGCCAGCAUCGCGCACGCCAUGGAGCACCACAUGCCCGCGCACCUGGAGCAGAUGCUAGCGCGGGGGGAGGCUCCUGGCGCCAGGGGUGCCGCGUGCCUCAUCGUUGACGUCCUCGCGUCGUGGGCCGUCCCCGUGGCCUCCCGGUGCGGCGUGCCUGUCGUCGGGUUUUGGCCGGCGAUGCUGGCGACUUUCGGCGUCGUGGCUGCCAUCCCGGAGCUUCUUAGCAAGGGGUUCAUCUCAGAUUGCGGCAGUCCCAUUUCGACGGAAGGACUCAACAAAGAUGAAGCGAAAGCAGACCUCCAGAUCGCAAACAACCUCCGCAUAGUACCCGAAGACUUGCAACUUGGCACCAAAGAGCUGCUGCCAUGGCUCGUCGGCUGCGCUGCAUCGCAGAGAUCAAGAUUCGCCUUCUGGCUCCAGAUCCUACAGCGCGCCAAGAGCCUCCGCUGCCUCCUGGUCAACUCCUUCCCGGGCGAAGCCGCCGACGUAGUUUCCGGCCAGCACGGCGCACCACAGGACCUCCGAAUUCUCCAGGUCGGACCACUGCUAACCGACGGACUGCUUGACGAUCCGCACGAGUUGCCAGCAGAGAACCCUAGCAUGUGGCAGGCAGAUGGAUCGUGCAUGGAUUGGCUUGACCAGCAACGUGCAGGGUCAGUGAUCUACGUGUCUUUCGGGAGCUGGGUCGCGCCGAUCGGGCCGGUGAAGAUCAGCGAGCUGGCGCACGGCCUCGAGGCCACCGGGAGGCCUUUCCUGUGGGUUCUGAAGAACGAUCCUUCGUGGCGAGCCGGCCUGCCCAGCGGGUACAUGGAGACGGUGGCCGGCCGUGGCAAGGUCGUCUCCUGGGCGCCUCAGGGAGGCGUUCUUGCGCACGAGGCCGUCGGGUGCUACCUCACCCACUGCGGCUGGAACUCCACGCUCGAGGCGAUACAGCACGGGGUCCGUCUCCUGUGCUACCCGGUCUCCGGUGACCAGUUUAUCAACUCGGCCUUCAUCGUUAAGAUGUGGGAAAUAGGGAUCAGGCUCCGGAGCACUGGCAGAGGCGACGUGAAAGAUUAUAUCGAGAGAAUCUUGGAAGGAGAAGAUGGAAGACGGUUGCAGGAGAAGAUGAAUGAGUUGAGGGAGAGGGUUGCGGUGGGUGAGGCGAGGUUUGUAGCCAAGAAGAACCUCAAGGCCUUUGUUGAUGGAAUUAAGAGAGAUGACCUUGCUCCAGGGCAUCUAGCCACAUAAUUAAGCUAGAAGAGUUCGACCCAAUGCUUUAUUUCUGUUGUCUCAGUGAAUGCCGAUUCAGCAAGGUUUAUGCUGACAUGAUUUCUCAAGGGAACGAAAUGCUUCAUAGAUCUAGCUAGAUAAAAUUAUGCGCUUUGAGUAACAUCGUAUCCAUAUUUUCAAUCAGUUUGCAACAUGAACAAUAUUCAAAGAAGUUAUAUGAUAUACUAAAUUUAUUUAUGGAA